CCGGAGCGCUGGAACGGCUGUACCGAGGGCGGAAAUGCUCUCGGCGGAAGUGGUAGCUGCGCAAGUUGUGGGUGGAAUGACCGCGGGCCGGCUCCUUCGAAGGCUGUUGCGAGCACCUUCCAGCUCCAUGGCCCAGAGCCCGGUCGGUGGCGUGUGCCCCUUGAGGGGCUUGCACGCGGAGCGCGGGCCUCGAAGGCUCUCCAUCGAAGGAAAUAUUGCCAAAUCAGAAACAUCAAAAAGAUUGAAAAGGGAGGGUCCUGCUCCCUGCCUCAUGGUGUUAAAGAUGCUCUUUGGGAAACAUGCCUCUAAAGGAAGCUCUGUUCUCAGAGCCCAGAGAAGUACCAAAGUACUUCACACAAUAAAUACUUGGACAGGCCAUCAGGCCUUCACUGCCCAAAGUCUUGGAAACUUGCUGGAUAUGAUGUACCAGGAACCAGCACGAUGGUCCUACACAUUCCAGACAUUAUCUUUUAUGAGCCGCCUGAAAGUACAGCUGGAGCCCUUCCCUGAGAAACUGUUACAGGCCGAGAACGCAGUACAGAUCUUUGAGAGGUCCGUGUACAGUGACAGGUAUAUCUUUGCGAAGAAUCUUUUUGAAAAUGGUUCCCUCAAUAACAUCGAAUGGCAUAUCUAUCAAGACUGGCAUUCUUUUCUCCUGCAGGAGUUUGCCAGCCAGCUCAGAUUACAUGGCUUCAUCUACCUCCAGGCUACUCCCCAGGUUUGUUUGAAGAGACUCCACCAGAGGGCCAGGGAAGAGGAGAAAGGAGUUGAGCUGGAGUAUCUCAAACAGCUUCACGGUCAGCACGAAGCCUGGCUUGUUCACAAGACAACCGAGCUCCAUUUUGAGGCUCUGCUGAACAUUCCAGUACUGGUAUUGGAUGUCAAUGAAGAUUUUUCUGAGGAAGUAGCCAAACAAGAAGAACUCAUGAAAAAGGUGGAGGAGGAGGACCUUAACCCCUGCUUCUAGUAAACACCUUUGUAAAGAAUCUGUAGCCAGUACUGGCUGUUCUUGCCGUGAUCUGGGCUCUCUGACUUUCCAAAGCUGGAAAAAUCCUGAGUCAUGCACCUUGCCAUCUUCUUUUACCCCUGGAGUCCUCUCGACACUCAGGUCCAUGGUUUGUGUUAGCCUUCGACUUCGCAAUUAUUGUCUUUUAUAUCUCAAGGACUUCUAAAAUAAAGUGGAAGUUUUGCUUCCUUUGCUAA